AGCACCGGCACAUUCCGAGGGGAGAAGUCAUAUGAGGGCUGGAAGUGGCGGUAAUUAUAGCGGAUCUCCUGUGCAUUAUCAUCGUGUGAUGUCACAGAUCUGGGAGUCAGUGGUGGUCUGGUCUGUGGUGAUGGUCUCGUAUGGCCGUCAGAGUGGGAGUCCGACAAUUGAUGGACUCAUAUAUAGUCCAGAUUUCUGGGGACGACUCAACCCUAAGUGGAGUCUAUGCAGUCGCGGUCGACGACAGUCUCCCAUUGAUAUCAAUCCUAAAUUAUUACUAUUUGAUCCCAAUCUCAGCCCCAUCCAAGUGUACGGCGAUUAUGUGAACGGAAACCUACAGAACUCGGGUCGCGGUAUACUAUUCAAAGUGAGUGCCAACCGCACAGCGAUCAUAAGCGGCGGUCCCCUAUCAUAUCAGUAUACACUCAAAGAAAUGUAUUCGCCGCCAGGGGAUAGUAUAGUCAUAUGUGAGUUUCUUUACCAUAUACAUUACGGACGUGAAAACGACAGGGGAUCGGAACAUACUAUUAGUGGUCAUCAAUUUCCUGCCGAAAUUCAAUUGUAUGCCUUUAAUUCGCAAUUAUAUGCCAAUUGGAGUUCAGCCCAAAGCGAGGCUAAUGGUGUGUUAGCCAUAGCCGUACUCAUAGCACACACGCAGCAAUCGAUCGGCGGAAAUGCUCAGUUGAAACACAUCACACAUACACUGAAAAAUAUUACCAAAAAAGUCAUU